AUGUUCUCUAGGAUCUCCAGGAAUUUUUCAUCAAGAAAAUUCUUCAUAACUGGAGCCUCAGGACAGAUAGGAAAGAAGCUCAUCCCUUAUCUAUUUACCAGAUAUGGGCCUAACUGUGUCGUAGUCUCAGACGUUAACCAAACAAAAUUCGAUGUAGAGUCACAACCACCCUUUAUUCCUCUUGAUGUGGUCAAUAAAGAAGCAUUCAUCAAAGCUGUCGAAACCAGUGAGGCAACUGAUAUUUUGGUUCCAUAAUUUUCUAUGAUAAAUAAGGGUCUAUCCUGGAUUAAAAUUGAUGUGUCUUCUAGGAGGCAGUCCAAAUUAUCCUAGAUUAUUGACUGAAAAAAAAUCGAAUAAAUAUCCAUAGGAAUUUUAAAAUUUCUGACCAUAUUUUGCAUUUGGCAGCUUAUUUAUCUGCAAAAGCUGAGCUGCAGCUUCAAAAAUCCAUAGAUGUAAAUAUUCUAGGUCUAAAUAAUGCUUUAGAAGCUGCAAGAAUUAACAAUACAGCAAUUUAUGUCCCUAGCUCAAUCGCUGUAUUUGGACCUACUUCUCCAAGAGUGAGGACUCCUGAUGACUGUGUAGUCCAGCCUACAACGGCAUAUGGGAUCUCAAAAGUGUACAUGGAGCUGAUGGGGAAUUAUUAUCAUAAGAAAUUUGGGGUGAAUUUCAGGUCUUUAAGAUACCCAGGAGCUAUAUCUUCAGACCCUCCUGGUGGUGGCACAACUGAUUAUGCAGUCGAAAUCUAUACUUUUUCUAUUUAAUAUGCAUUUUUUUAUUUAAUUAAAAAUAAUUUCCUUAUAAAAAUAAAAAAGAUAUAUUUUGAACUAUUAAAAAAUCAAAAAUACGAAUGUUUUCUAUCAAAAGGCACCGAGCUCCCUAUGAUGUAUAUUGAUGACCUUAUUGAAGGAACAGUGAGAUCUAUUUAGUGCGAUUUAUUAGACGCCCCUGAAGAGACCUUAACUAGAAGAGUAUAUAAUCUUGGUGCAAUCAGCUUUACCCCUGAACAGUUAGCAUCGUGUAUAUUAAAGUAUAUUCCAGGAACUGUGACUUAUAAGUCAGACCACCGUCAAGCAUAUGCUGAUUCCUGGCCUAUGAGCAUUGAUGACUCUCUUGCUAGAAGAGAUUGGAAUUGGAAACACAAAUUUGAUAUGGAUAUAAUGACGCGAACUAUGAUUAAGCUGAUCUGCAUGCAGAUGGGCAAGCCAAAUCCAAUUAAAAAUGAUGCAUAG